AUGAAUUUUGACCUGUUGGUCGAUGAAGGGCAGUCGGAGUGGUAUGUUGAUGUGUGGAAUACAGAAAUAGAGGGAGAGGAGGUUGAAAGGGAUGAAGUGGUUCGUCCUGUGAGUAAGAGGGCAAAGACAAAUGUGUCAGCGGCUAAUUUAGCCGAAGUGAGUAUUGGGAAUACCAGUUUGGAAGCAGUGGGGAAAAAUAUUGGUGUUGUUUUGGAAUAUCAUGUGGUAGAAGGGAGAGCAUUUAUAGUGGUGGCUAGUUGGCACGGGAGUAGGUUGUUCAAAUGGUUUGUUCCGGAAAUUGUGGACGAUGAGAAGCUGCGAGAAGUUUUCAAGAUUGUAAAUCAUAAGUGUUUGGACUUUCAGUUGAAAGAACGAAGGCGGUUGGGGAAAGGUGUUCCUGAUGCUACGUGGAGACAGAUUAGGAAAAGUUAUAAGGAUAUUGUUUGUCCCGAAGUGGUGCUUAGUGUAGAUGAGAGAGGUCAUUGGAGACUAAAGUUUGAGUUAUUGCUGAACUAUACGCCGCAAACAAUGAAUAAGUUUUCGAUAGAGACUAAUCAGUCACUUGAUAUACUGUUUUCCAAGCCGCUCGACUCCUUGCCUACCCCGCCAUCUCCGUUUAUACAAAAGGAGUUUAUCGGUCAGGCCUUGGCGUAUACUAACCAACGACUCUCUACUUUUCCAGCUGGUUCGCUCUCUGUGCCGGGUUUGGACGUUAGUCUGCUCCCGUUUCAAUUGAACAGCGUUCAGUGGAUGAUCCAAAAAGAGUCUGCUCCUUUGGACGAAAUGGAUGAUGUGCUGGUCUUUUUGAACAAGCACGUUUCGUUCGGUUAUGAAAUGAUUUCUUCUACAGUUUUUUGGAAUAAGUUUACCAAUUUUAUCAUUACAAGAGAUGAAGUGGAACAAAUUUACUCGACUCUUCUACGUAACAGAGAAGGUACCAUCGCUGGGGCGCAGGGGUUGUUAUCGGAAGAAAUGGGGUUGGGCAAAACAAUUGAAAUACUCUCUUUAAUCCUGCUAAAUAAGAGGAAAAUCCAUGACCUCGAAACAUUCAUUGCAAAUGAUGGGAAAACCAUAUUUAAGACAAAAGUUUCCUUAAUUAUAUGUCCGAAUGCUAUCUUACAACAGUGGAUCGACGAGAUUGAGUGCCACACUGCAGGUUCUCUUAAAAUAUUCCAUUACAAAGGUUAUUUACAAGUAAAGAAAUUCUUUCAAACAGAAAACAUUGCGGAGAUUGUUCAUCAUCUUUCGAGUUAUGAUAUCAUUAUCACAUCUUAUAACGUUGUGUCCAUGGAAGUUCAUUACGCAGAGUACAAUGCUAGCCUAAGGCCAAGAAGAACAAUUUCCCCGAUAAAAUACGACUAUUCGUCACCUCUGUCACUGAUGCAAUUCUUUCGAAUUAUUUUAGAUGAAGUGCAAAUGUUACAAAGUGAUAGUACGAACGCAGCUAAAUGUACAAGUCUCUUACACAGAGUGCAUACCUGGGGUGUUUCGGGCACACCCAUCCAACUGAUUCGUGACUAUCAAACAGUUCUAUCAUAUUUGAAAAUUUCACCUUUCCAUGAAUUACCAGAGGUUAUAAGCACUAUAAACAACAAUAUUAUUUACAAGAAACCACAACUGAUCAAUGGGGCAAGAUUUUCUUUGCAAGAACUCAUGCGGUUUUUCAUCAAUAAGGAUCUAUGCAUAAGGCACUCCAAGAAAGAUGUGCUAGAUCAGAUCAAGAUUCCUAAACAGCACAAUUAUAUCGUUCCUCUGGAUUUUGCUCCAGUUGAAUGGGAUAAUUAUUUGGAUAUGUGGAACCAUUUCAUCUCUGUUUCUGGCUAUAACCCUAACGGCACCGGUACUACAAGGCUCACCACUACGCAAUUGAAUCAAUGGCUAACUAAACUGAGAUAUCUUUGCUGCCAUGCCGUUUUCCCAGACUCAAACAAUGCCAAUAAAUCACAUCAAUCAAAUGCAAAUGCAAUGACCGCGGCAUUGCAUAAUAUCGACGACGUGUUGCAAAUGAUGAUCAUCGAUGCGACAGAUAAACUGGAUUCCCUAUACAGAGACAAUUAUCAAUUACAGAUCAAGUUUGCUCAAGCAAAGAUGGAAUUACAAGAUAAGGCUGUUGAAGCAGUUCAUUUAUUACUGGAGAUCAAGGAAAAGAUUUUACAAGAUUUGAAAUCCAAAUAUGACGUAGAUGAUCCUUUUGAUAUCGCCGAGGUUUGGCAUACUAAAAGUGAAUUCAGAAUUCCAACACCAGCUGCAACCACUUUGCUGUCGUCAGAGAGGGAAAAUAAUCUAAAGGUCAGAGUUAGAGCAUACUUGGAUUUAUUGCAUCAGUGCUAUUUCUUCAUCGGUACUGGGUAUUUCUUCAUGGGUUCUAGCAAGCUGGAAAAAGUUGAUCAUGAGAACGAGAAGCUUGCUCUCACGGAGUCUGAGGAAAAGCCAAAGAGCUAUUCAGAGGUAUAUUCAGUUGAAGAAAUGGAAGACAUUGAGAAGAAUCAACUGCUUGAACAGGAGAAUUACUCGUUUGCUGAAAAAUUGAGAGAGAAAAUAUUGUUCAGUAGGGUUGAGAAAGUAACACUCAUAAUCAAUGAGACCGAUUUGUACUUCGGUGAAAAGCAAAAAGGACAACUUGCUCACCCUUCGUCGCUUCGAAUUCUUGAGUUUGAUGAUAAAAACGAUUACUCUAGUAAUAUGGUCAUAUCUCGUUGCUUCAAACAGUUGGGUAUACUUAUCAAUUCCCUUAAUGAACAAGCUACUCAGUUUAACACAUUGUUUGAUGAAUUGCACGAUCUACUUCAUAAGCCGAUUCGCAAAGACUACAACGAAGAAAAUGAAGACGACAAAGCGCAAGAAUAUUCAUCAUCAAUUGACGACCAGGAUCAACUUUUUGCGCUUUUUGCCUGUAUGGAACAACUGUUAACUAAUAGAGACACUAUUUUAACUUCUGAGGAGCCCAUAAAAUUGACAAAGAAAACUACAAAACCACAAGCGGGUCAGAAAUUUUCAGAUUACCAUAGGAAACUCAUUUCGAAAUUAAAGCUCAUCGCAGGCGUGCCUAUCAAACCCAUCUUUGACGAGCUGAACAAUUCCAAAAUUGUACGUAAUGUCUCCUCCAAUUCUAGCGGCAGAGAGAAGCAAGAAGAGUUCGAAGAUUAUCUCCUUGACUUUGAAGAGCAAUCAAUGCUAAUGGUGGAUGAAAACAAAAAGAUGAGAGAUUCCUUAAGGAAGCUCAACACUAUCUACAAUGCCAAAUUGGAAUACUAUAGUCAUUUACAAAGGAUUUCAGAUUCAUUGGUAUCUCUCCUGCAGUUGGAAAAUCAUUCCCGAAACUCUAUACUGAAGGCUGUGAGAGAUGGCUCACGUCAAAAGCUAAAUCUGGAAAAGAUCAGCAUGGCAGAGUCAAGAGUAAAAUACUUGAACAGUCUGGAAAAGCUAAAGACGUCAAUAGAGAAUCACCAGUCUUUUUCAUGUCCAAUUUGUCUUGGAAAGAUAACAAUGGGUGCCAUAAUCAAAUGCGGUCAUUUCUUCUGCCGAAGUUGUAUUCAUAGCUGGUUAAAAAAUCACAACUCAUGCCCAAUGUGCAAGACAAGCACCAGCAUAAUGGAAGUAUACAAUUUCAAAUUUCAAAAUGAUGAUGCCGAAGUAAAUGAACCGCAAAAUGAAUCAAGUCAAGACUUUGAGAAGAAACCAAAGUCAAGUGCUCUCGCGAAAAAAGUGGGCGACGAUUACGACUCCGUGUUCAAAGAGAGAUAUAGUGUUUUUCCCCAGAUGAAUGAAGUUCACAAAAUGGUCAUCAAAGAGAGCUUUGGUGCCAAAAUCGAUUUCGUAAUAAAGCUGAUUCUCUUUCUCAAAUUGAAGGCUGAAACCGAAAAUCAGAAAGAGCCCAUACAAUUUGUUUUAUAUUCUCAGAGCCCUGAUUUCCUCAAGAUAAUUGCCAGAGUUUUACACAUGCACGACAUCCGAAGCCUGUCGUGUUUAGCGAAUUCCGUCAAUGUUGGUGAAUCAAUUUUACGGUUCAAGAAACAUCGAAAUGUAACUUGCUUGCUAUUGAAUGUGAAGGCAUUGGGAGCGGGACUCACACUGUUAAACGCCAAGCACAUUUUUCUAUUGGAUGCUAUCAUUAAUCGUGGUGAUGAAAUGCAAGCAAUGGGGAGGAAUAAUCGUAUUGGACAAACACAUGAAACAUUUGUAUGGAAUUUUAUGAUGAAGAAUUCUGUGGAAGAGAACAUUUUCAAAUAUAAAUGUAUCUUGGAAGGGAGAAGAAAAGAAUUGGUGGAGGUAAACAAUGCUAGUCACGGCGCAAAUGAGGACUUUACCGGAGAGAAAGAGAGAGAAGAGUUAGAAAUGAAUGAAAGUACAGGUGAACAGGUCUCGGCGCGCCAUCUGUGGCACUGUUUCUUUCAAGACAUAGAAUCGCAUUAA